GGCUUGAUAGGUCAUUACAUGAAAUAUUGUUUACCGUUUUAGUAUAUUGACAAAGUCAUAACUAAGAAAAGUCCUCAACCAAUUAACUUUCAUCAAUCAACUAUACGAACUCAGCUUACAUUGCAUUUAUCACCUUACGUACUAAGUUUUGCAAAUUAGAGCAAAAAACCGCGAAAUAAUUGCAAUCAGUUUAAAAACUGCUUUUUACGAAGAAACAUUUUGUGAGUGAGCAGCAUAGUAAAAACUCUCAGCGGUGACAAGAAGACAGCCUGAUGGUGACUAGACUAGCAAAAGGAAUCGCUUGGCUUCCAUUUGCAAAUCUACUUCUGCUCACGAUAACACUGGCAGUGUCCUAUUCCAUCUCCAAGUCACGUGGUCUCAUCCUAACACCUCUCCCCUUCAUAAGUGACACUGGCACUUUUCCGCCCGCCAGUUGCUGGUUCACUUUCCUCCUUAACGCCACAGCAUACAGUGUGGCUUGCACUGGAGUUGUCAGGUAUCUGCAGACGAAGGAGUACAUGGGGGCGGAGUGUGUGUGUCUGAGGAUGUGUAACUUCGUCUGUCUCCUCCUAGUCCUCACCGCCAGUCUCACUCUCUCCAUGGUAGCCUCUUUCCAGGAGACCGUUGACGAGGAUGUUCACGCCACAGCCGCAAUGGUCGCAUUCUGUUGUGCAACUGCGUACGUGUUCCUGCAAGUGACCAUCACGCGGGCCAUAAUGCAGGACGGCAGCUUCUCUGGUCUGCCGAACUCGGCAGCAAUCUACUGGACGAGGAUGUGGUUGCUGUUCGUGUCCAUGUCCAGUAUGGUAGUCAUGCGACUGUUCUACGGGUGGGCCGGCGUCACUCUGCCCUCUUUGUCUGAACGAGCGACGCACAAGGAACAAUUUAUCACCGAGGUACCCCGUCCUUACGAGGAAGAGUCUUACUACUAUGCGGCUACAUGUAGUGAGUGGACGUUGGCCAUAUCCCUGUUUAUGUUUCUCCUCACCUUCUCCUACGAGUUCUCUCGAGUCGACUUCACUCUGGACGUCCUCUACGACGGAUACACAACAAUAACAUAUCCACACAAUCAUCAGGAGGAGAAGUUCAGGUUUAUGUGAACAAGUUUCACCAGCACAUUAUCGUGUGAUCAAAUUACUAGUGCCGUUACAAAGCCACCACAAUGUAACUCUGAUUUCUCGUUAAACUGGUGAUUUUAUGUAAGAGUUUUUAUUGGUGUACAUCGGUGAAUUGUUGUCAUUAAGAUACAAAAGAUUUGUU